ACUCACUUCCAUGGGCACUAUCUACGGUAGACAGUAGUAGAUAGUAGUGAUCAUGAAAAUUCCCGAUUCGAGCUAGUGUUGGGAAGAUCAUGGGCGUUUUAUUCACUUGCGUUAGGAAAGUCGAGAGCAAGCUACGAAAUACUCAGUGAAAUAAGUCUGCAUCCAUCUGCCCACUCAAAAGCAUCCCAAUCAAUCAUUCUAAAGUUUGUCGGCGGUUAUGGAAGAGAGAAUUGUUGUGCCUCGAGAUUCAUAGGGAUCAAAUAUUGAAGUUAGUUGUCGAAAGCAUUAUGGCCCAUCGCUUUGUCCAGUGGAUGCGUGGUCAUCAACCGGGGCCUCGAAUUGCUUCCGAGAACCUCAACUAUCUGCCGCAUGAUCUCGAGGAUGAAGGCGAGGAUGAUGAGUCCAAUUUCGAUGAAGUGGAUGGCUGGGAUAAAUCCUUCUUUCAAAGAGGCCGAGAGUAUGAAUCCGCGUAUGUUAAUCAUCGCUACACGGACAAAGAGCUGAAGAUCUUGAAUAGCCACCAAACAUUGGAUUAUUUGCCGCCUGAUUCGGUGGUCUAUCGAAAAUGGUUGAAAAGCCGGCCUUUGGGUAUGGAAUGGGAUCGUUGGCUCGUGAUGGGGCUAAUUGGCGUUUUGGUGGGAGCGCUGGGGAGUCUGCUCCAUCAGGUUAUCGAUAUCAUCGGCAACACCAAAUGGCGUCUAGCUCAAGACUUUAUUCGACAUGACGUUUUUCUGACUUGGGUCUGGGUCUUCGGGUUCAGCUUGAUAUUUCUCUUGCUCAGUACCAUUAUGGUGGUUUACAUUCGCCCAAGUGCUGAGAGCUCCGGGAUGCCGGAAUUAAUCGGUUUCCUCAAUGGCACACUCAUUCGUCAUAUUUUCAACUUGAAGACCUUGGUGGUCAAAUUUCUGUCUUGUGCGUUUGCCGUGGCUUCGGGUAUGCCCGUGGGUCCAGAGGGACCAAUGAUUCAUAUGGGUGCUCUCAUUGGGGCGGGCGUGUCUCAGUUCAAAUCCGUUACUCUAGGCAUCGAUAUGGCCGUGUUUGAGAGGUUUCGGAACUCGCAAGAUCGUCGGAACUUCAUCAGUGCGGGAGCUGCGGCUGGGAUCGCAUCAGCCUUUGGUGCACCGGUGGGCGGUCUCCUCUUUGCCAUGGAAGAGGUGUCGUCCUACUGGGAUAUGCGACUGUCCUGGCAAACCUUUUUCUGUUGUAUGGUCAGCGCUUUCACGACGGAUCUCUUGGAUUCCGCCUUUCAUGCCUUUCAUUACGAAGGUGGAUUUGGUCAUUUCAAGACCGAUCGGUAUAUCUUGUUUAACAUCGAGAGCGGCAUUGACAUGAACAUUCUGGCCAUUAUUCCUUGCGUGAUUCUGGGUGUGAUCGGCGGAGGGCUGGGGGCUGGAUUCACCUUCUUCAAUUUGAAGAUUGUCCGAUUUAGGAGAUACGUCCAUUCCAAGUUGUCCACCGAGACCAAAGUGAAUUUGGUGAAAAUGGCCGAGCCGAUCCUGAUUCUGUUCAUCACGUGCACCAUCACCGUGCUUCUGCCCAAUGCUUACAGGUGUAUUCCGUUCACGUGUGUGGUCCCGUCUGGAGAUAAAUAUCCCAAUCUGUGUUCCAAUCUGACUGACGACACUGGGGAUGUGACCUUAGAAACGUCCGUCGAGUUCUACAAUUGUCCCAUCCAUGAGUACGACAUUGGUAAUGGGUCCAUGUAUUGGAACGGGUCGUACAAUCAAGCCGCCACGUUGAUGUUCGUUACCGGUGAAAACACCAUCCAUCAUCUGUUCUCGAGAAACACUCAUCUCCAGUUUGAUUACUUUCCUCUGUUCAUCAUGUUGAUUUUCUACUACUUCUUGGCCUGCUGGUCGGCAGGCACCGCCAUCUCGAGUGGAUUGGUCGUGCCCAUGCUUCUAAUUGGGGGUCUUUACGGGAGAAUGAUUGGCAAAUUAAUGGUCGACAUCUUUGGUGUACCCCAAGAAGAGUUCUGGGAAUGGAUCGAUCCAGGAGCCAUGGCUCUCUUGGGAGCAGUCUCGUUCUUCGGGGGAGUGACGCGCCUGACUAUGUCCUUGACCGUGAUCAUGGUUGAGAUGACCAAUGACAUCCAAUUCUUGUUGCUAAUCAUGAUCACGGUGUUAUUUGCCAAAUGGAUUGGCGACUUCAUCACCCAUCCCUUCUAUCACGCUCUCCUCGAGUUGAAAUGUAUUCCAUAUUUGGAACAAGAUCCCGUUGUCCUAAAUCGAGAUGGGACUCGCUUAAAUCUGGAACUCUAUCAAUCCAGUCACGUGAUGCGACAUCCUGUGAGGACCAUCUUCCAAGUGGAGCAUGUAAGAAAACUGGCUCAACUUCUCCUGGACACCAACCACGGAGGUUUCCCUGUGAUUCAAAAAGAAACCAAUACCUACUCAGGUCUGAUUACUCGAUCUGAGCUCAUUGUGCUAUUAAUGCAGUACCAUGAUCAAAUGGUAAACCCCCCGAGCGAAACCCCCAGCUGCCCACAUAUCUAUGUGCCCUCGGUUCCAUUUCCGGAUAUUUCUGCCCGGAUGACUCGCAAGAUUAGACGCUCGGAUGUGAUGGAAUUCAAACUUCGAGCCAUUGUGUCCCACACCUUGGAUGCUAAGAGCGUGAUCAUUUCCCCCCCUGAGCAUGGAAAUUCGUCUGUCGCUGGCUCUGGCUCAUCUUCAUCUCUGUCAUCGUCGCCUUCGUCGCCUUCGUCGCCUUCGUCGUCAUCCACUUAUCCCAAUGAGGGGCUAAUCGCAAGUGGACCUCCGAGCGACCUUGGUCUCAACCAGAGCCAUUUCAUGGACUUGUCAGAUUAUGUGAACACAUCGGGUGUGAGUGUUCCCCGAGACUUCUCUCUUCAGCGUACUUACAUCAUCUUCCGAAGCCUUGGCCUUCGUCAUCUCGUGGUGGUAAACGAGAAAAACGCAGUCGAGGGAAUCAUUACAAGGAAAGAUUUGAUGGGAUUCGCCCUUGAGGACAGAUUAGUUCCUAUUCCUGAGGAGAUGGUGGGAGAGAGGAAAGCAUAGUAGUACAUACACACAUACAAGAAAUAGGUACUACGUACUCGUACGUAAGUCGAUAGUAAGCACGCGUAAUUAACUGCAUCCCAGACGCUCUACCAACAAUGUGCAUGAAACAAUUCGUUCCGAAAAAAGGAAUUAAAAACACACCAGAGACUGUUGUUGCGUGAAACAUUCACGUACAAAUUAUGAUGCUACAUAAACAUAUAAUACUACAUACUGCCAGCGUACUAAUUUUUGUCCAUUCAAGUAAUGCUUGAGUAAAGCACGAAUAAAGCACAAGCGCUAAGAGGCCACAUGAUUGAUAAGAGCCGA